ACUCGCCGGAAAAUCAAGAAAAUGGAAGAUCUCCGACGACUAAGAUCGGAAAUACAGCGAGGCGCCGCCGUCUCCAGCCUCAUCUCCGACGACUUCUUCACCGACAUUUUCGGUGGUGCCCCACUGCCACGUAGCAUAUUUUCCCACCAGAUAUCCGCCGCCGGUGGCUUCUACGACAACAUCUUCUGGUCGACCAAGAAGGCGUCGCCGCCGCAGCUGAGGCGGAGGGGACGGAAUUUGCCCCUUUUUGAUAUUCCUUCGUUGCAACAGAACCAAAAGAGUCGUCCUUUCAGAAACAUUUUCGGGUUGGAUGCCAAGAAGAAGAAGAAGAAAUCGUAUUCCGAAUCAGGGCAGACCUCCAAUGAGCUCGAAUACGACGACUUUGCUAUGUCAGCGGCCAAGCUCAGAGGUACCCAGUGGAAUUCCACGAGAAACGGAGAAUUCAAUCAUAAAAAAUGGGCACUAUUUUCCAACAUGGAUUGUGAAAAUAAAUUAGGGGGCUGCUGCUCCGUUGGAAUCGAGGAAAAGAUUAAUGUUGAGCAGAUGAAAUUAAGAAGGAAAGCAGAAAUAAUGGAUGAAGAAAUGGAAAUUGAUGAAGAUGAGUUUAUAGAGCCUGAUUCUCGCAGUGCGAGUUCCUAUGUACCGAGCGACGUAGAUGAAGCGAUCGCGUGGGCCAACCAAAAGUUUAACAGCCAUUCCAAACCCACAUUUGGAGUGAUGAAUGAGUCUCCAAUUUCGUCUAGAUGGGUUGAGGAUAGCUCUUUAGAGAAAGAGGAUGAUGGGAGCAUAGUUGAUGAAAAGAUGACGUUGUGGUUGAGCGGCAAGGAAUCCGACAUCCGGCUGCUAUUGUCUUCUCUGCAUCAGAUCCUAUGGCCGAACAGCGGGUGGGUGGCGAUACCUCUAGCAAAACUAAUGGAGAGCUCACAAGUGAAGAAAGCUUAUCAAAAAUCAGUUCUAUGCCUUCAUCCUGACAAGCUUCAGCAAAGAGGAGCAUCGCUCUUACACAAGUACAUUGCGCGCAAGGUCUUUGCUGCUCUUCAAGAUGCUUGGACAACGUUUACCUCCUUGGAUGUCUCUUGCCGUUGAAAAUCUAUUGCUAAUGGAAGGCCAGAUUUGGUGUUCAUUCAUUGUGGUAGACAUGGAAAGAUCAACAUCGUUCAUUCAAUAAAUGCUGGACGAUUUGGAUAUGUAAGAUUAGCUAGAUUGUGGCAAGAAAAUGUUUGUUGUAGCAUAUGGAGUAUUGUGUAGUGUUAAAUUCGUCAAUUAGAGCUCUUGGAUAAUCAUGUUUUCAUACAUAUCUUCAUGGCAUGUAUGUACCACUUAUGAUUCAGACAAAACUUGGAUAA